GUAGGCAAAAAUUUAAUACUAUGGACAAGAAAGGAUUAAACCCAACUGUGAAAAACGAAGCAACCCUGUUUUCCAAAAUGAUAAGAUUAGUUUUGAUGGGUAUUUAUUUGUACCUCUUUUCAUUAAAACACAUUAAGCUCAUAAUGCAAAAAAUAAGUAGUGCCCUUUUAUUAAUCUUCUGUUUUCUGCUCACUGUUGAUCAGUGAAAGUGAAAGACAGACAGAGACAUCAUAAAAGCUUUGGUCUUUUUUCUCACUACGUAUUUCCUUAUACCUACCCAUUGUCUGCCUCCCCUUCUUCUUUUCAUGCUACUAAAUAUUCAACCCCCUGUAUAGAAACAUUCACAAACACAAGCUGAUUCGUCUGAAGAGAAAAUGGGUUCUGAAACAGAGGAAGAGGCAACCAUAACGUCGAAGCUACCGUUACUGUUAACAGUCCAUGCACACAUGGAGUCGCCGGAGAGAUCAGGGACGCUAACCCCACCAAUCCACAGCCUUGCCGCUGUCCCAUUUCGGUGGGAACAGGAGCCAGGCAAGCCUAAACCUUGCGCUCUUUUCUCCAAUGACUUCUCUCAGAAGUCUCUUGAAUUGCCUCCCAGACUAAUUACCAAACUGCCCUCGCCGACGACGGUCCUUGAAAGUCCUUACUCCGGCAGGUCCUUGAGGUUCCCGUCUUCCUCGUUUAGGGUAAGCAGUGAAUGUUACGGAUCGUUUAGGAGUUAUAGUCCUGAUCAUGAGACCGAGGUGCAGCAGCCGCUUGGUGCUUCGGUUCUUGGCAACAGAGGUGUCAAAGGGAGAGGAAUUCUGAGUUAUUGGAGGAGGAGGGGUUUGAAGGGUAAAAGAGAGAUUGGCGGGGGUAGUUAUGUCUUUCCGUCUUCUGUAGACAGGGACAGUGAAUCCAGUAAAGACGGGGAAGAAAGCAGCUGUGAUGGUGUGAAGAUCACAAGGAUUAGAAGAGCUGGGAGCUUUUCCAAUAUCUCACCUGCUAGGUUUCAUUUCUGGACAAGUAUCUGCGAGGGGUUGAAACAAGUGGUCCCACUUCCAUGGAAGAGAAAGAAAGUGAAGAGAAAUGGGCUCGUCAAUUUGACUUUUUCUGAUCCAUAAUUACAUACCACGGCGCCGCUGGGUUGGGAUCAUCAGCCUGUUGCUCUGGUGUUUUCUUGCCAAAGAAAGUGACCCAACCAUGUGUGUAACAUACAUAGCCCAUCACUGCUUGUUUCUUUCUCGUACUCUUACCAGCCAGCCUCUGAUACAAUGUGUAUCUUGGAUAUUGCACAGCUCUCAACAUCAGCGGAUAAUCUUUAUAUUUGUAAUGUAAAUUAAUAUGGAGAGAUUGGAAAAUUGACCAAUGUUCCACCAAUCUAGCUGUUACGCAGUAAAAAUAUUGAUGAGCCAUUAUUGGAUGGGCACUGUAACAUCUGUAGGUGAAAGAUGCUAUAUAUUUGUCGUCAUUCUUGCUGUCUAAUGUAUCAGAGCAACAUAGCACUUUUAUCAUUA